CAGCUGACGUUUAAAAGUUUCUUCCUUUUUUUUUGACUUGUGUGUCCCACAGUUCUUGCCUGCUACAUGGCCUCCACCGCCCUCAGCGCUCCUCUGCCUCAGCUCGGACCACUUGUUGAGGAUCUGCACUUCCAGGAGAUUCUGCACAGGAGCCGCAGCUUGACACAAAAGGUCCUGCUCUCGAUUCCCGACACGCACAAGUCCUGCAUUCACACACAGACUCUGCAGCUCAAUUCCUCUGAAAAUGUCAAGCUUGUGACAAUGGCGUCCACCAUCGGCAUCCCCCAUCCCCCUGUACUCAAAGCCAUUUCAGAAAACUUCACUCUGGAGAGCAGCUUGAGACGGAUGCACGAGGGUCUGCUGCUGCACCGAGGCUUACUGAACUUUGUGUCCCCUCGGCUGGAGGCGAGAAAUAAAGUGACUGAUCUGAUGGCGGACAUCAGAGAUUUGGCAGUUCAGAUCGUGAAGAUGUUAAUACUGGUCCAAUCAGAAGCUGCAGUGCAGUCCACCACAGCCCCCUUGUCGUUACGCCUGCCGGGGGACUACGAGGUCCAGGUGGCGACACACCUGACCCUGCUGCAGCUGCAGUCAUUCGGGCAGGACAUGGUCCGUGUCUUCAGGAGUCUGGACCAAAGCAACGAGGACGACAAUGACAGCUGA